GGGGGUCCCCGUCCCUCCUCUCUGCGCCUCAACGCCCGCCAUGAGCCUGCAGUGGACGGCGGUCGCCACCUUCCUCUACGCCGAGGUCUUCCUCGUCCUCCUGCUCUGCGUCCCCUUCGUCUCCGCCGCCAGAUGGCAGAAGAUCUUCAAGUCGCGCCUGGUGGGCCUGGCGGUGGCCUACGGCAACACCGUCUUCGUCGUCCUCAUCGUCAUCCUCGUCCUCCUGCUCUUGGACGCCCUGCGGGAGACCCGUAAGUACGACGUGACGGAGCGGGUGGCCCUGCAGAGCAGCCCCGGCGCCCUCGAGCAUUUCCACAUGAAGCUUUUCCGAGCCCAGCGCAACCUCUACCUGGCCGGUUUCGCCCUCCUGCUCUCCUUCCUCCUGCGCCGCCUGGUCACCCUCAUCUCGCAGCAGGCCAUGCUGGGCGCUUCCAGCGAAGCGUUCCGGAAACAGGCGGAAGGCGCCAGCCAAGCCGCCCGCCGUUACAUGGAGGAUAACGACGCUUUGCGGAAACAGCUGCAGGAGGCAGGGGGUGACGGGGGCGGCCCCGUCGUCCCCCCUCCCACGACGAGAACGAGACCCUCAAGGCCAAGGUGGAGAAGCUGAAGGAGGAGCUGGCGGCCAGCAAACGCACUCUGGAGAAGGCGGAGAACGAGGUGCAGGCCAUGCGGCGCCAGGCCGAGGGGCUGACGCGGGAGUACGACCGGCUUCUGGACCAGCACGCGCGCCUGCAGGUAG